GGAUUUGGGUUGAAGACAACACCCAGAGAUAUAACAAUGGUUUACGGUGCAGAUGCUCGUGACGCUAAACUCUAAAGCUGUUUUAAUGUACCAGUGACAUAGGAUAUAGGUUAGCAUAUUAAUACAGCAAAAGCCAUGGCGCGCACAUAAAGAGCACAACACCACCGCUAUUUCUGCACGAUGAGCAACGCCAGCAAAAGAGAAUUGGAGCAGAAGAGGAGACUUCAGCACUUUCUUGCUGAUUUGGCUUUACUUGGAUCAUUACAGGGUUUUAAAUACUUUCAACCCUGGCUCAGAGGAAAAGAAGAACUACUACUAACAGUUGUCAAUGAAGAUUUGGGUUGGCACUCUCCUGCUUAUGUGGUCUCCAGGGCCUCUUCCAGCAGCAGUAGUAGUAACAGCAGCGACGCUUCCUCCAGUAGCAGCACCCUUAGCCUGGCCAGCAGCCGAUGCAGCUCCCCCCUGCCUGGAGAUCCACAGCCCACACACAACAGUGUGCACAAAAGCCAGUUGGCUCCAGUCAGGGAUUCCCACAAUGAAGAACAUCUCCUCCCUGCCUCACCCAGUGAAAAAGAAAUGGCAAUACCCGAAGUCAAUUGCACUUUGUUUUUAGUCGCUGGUUAUGUUAAAUAUGGCCGCCCCUAUGCCUGGAUACGCUCCAACCAUGAACGUCUUGUCAACAUUGGAGGCAUAGAUUCACUGGUCAAAGAUACGCCUAUGAAGCUCAAGUCCAUUACUGACUGGCAAACGCAAGGAAUACGUGUGUGGGAUGUGGUGAGCGAGCUGGUGUCUCUCUGCACUGUCCCAUCUCCUUCUAAUCCAUUUGCCUUGGAUUUGCGUUACGUCAAAAGUCUUCCUCUCACAGACCGUUUUCUUGUCACCGGAGCCCUACUCAACUUUCUGGAGAUGUAUAUUGUCUAUGGGAACCGAGAUGAAUUGCACUAUGAUAAAGUGGUAGAAGAGGUGAAGCCUCUAAGGCGCCUCCAUGUUCGAUCUCUUCUGGAGCUACAGCAGCAAAGAGAGAGCUCCAGGCUCACUACAAGUCCCAUCACAGCCACUGCACCUGAGGACCAGCCCACUCUGCUCAAUCAUGACUGAGUAAAAUGUGCAAACUAGGCAAAAUGUGAAAAGUGAAGCUUGGAUAUUUGAUAUGAGCAGUACGGUCUGAGGUAGUGUGCCGAGUCAUUCUACCCCAGGUUAGCAGCCUAUUUGCAGUAGUUGUAUAGUACUGAUCAAGAAAGAAAAUGGUCCUGCAGUAGAGUAAAUUUCAUCCAUAAGUUUUCAGUCACUAGAAUGUGUGCAAAGCAACAAUAUGCAGGUCAUCUUUAACCGUCGCAUACAAAUGGGGAAGUGGAGUGUGGGAUCUGCUUCUGUACUCUUAGUUAGAUAUUGCAGUCAUGUGUUUCAAAAGCACUGCACACAUGUCCUGGGAACUCAGUCACAAGACUGAAAAAUCCCUAGACCUGCUCAGUGUCAUGCCCUGCCACCUCAAACCACCUCUUCUCAACUGAGCCAAAUUUAUCACAAAUUAUUACUGCAAGGGUUAAAGAGACAGUGAAGUAUUUUUUUUAAAGCAACAUAAAAACAGCAAACACAUGUAUGUUGUAUAAAAACGUUUAAUAUUUCAUAAAAUACAUAUUUAAAUAUGUAGAUAACAUAAAAACAGUACAUUGAUAAAAUAUCUUUGAGCAGGCACAAAAACAUCCUUUAUCGAGGUUGUGCCUUUUGUAGGAGAAUAU